UGACAUCAUCAGCCCUCCGGAUCAGAACAGGAUCCUUUGUGGCUCUCUUCUCGCUGCCACAAUCACACGGCCACACAGCGCGCGCAGACAAAAACCAGAGAGGGGAAUCUCAAUCUGGUUCUCGAACCUACCGCUAAUAAUCAUCCUCCUCCACCAUUUUUUCCGUAGAAAAAGAAAGAACCCCCUGGAAGCACUCAGAACGCAAGCCAAUCAAACGAGCUGCUGGGUUGGUUUUCUCCAUUCAUUCCGCUCAACAUGGCUCUUCAGGUGUGGAUGGUUGGGGAGAACGGCGAGGACCUCAAGAACCACAGGGAGCUCCUGCCUCUCUCCAAGCUCCAAGAGAUUGGUGUGUUAUAUUGGCAUUUGGACCCAAAGAAGUCUGAAAGCGAAGAAGAGCUAGCGAAGAUCCGCAAGGACAGAGGAUACAACUACAUGGAUUAUCUCGAUAUAUGCCCUGGAAAGUUGGCAAACUUUGAGGAGAAGCUCAAGAACUUCUUCACAGAGCACAUGCAUGCCGACGAAGAGAUCCGCUACUGCUUGGAAGGCGGCGGGUACUUUGAUGUGCGCGACAAGGAUGACAAGUGGGUUCGGAUCUGGAUAAAAGAAGGGGAUAUGAUCGUGCUGCCGGCUGGAAUUUAUCAUCGGUUCACCCUCGACGCCGCCAACCAUGUGAAGCUCAUGAGGCUCUUCCUGGGAGAACCAGUGUGGACCGCGCACAACCGGCCUCAGGAGGACCAUCCGGUGCGGCAAGAGUAUGUCAAGAGGCUCACGGACGACAAUGCUGGUCUUGCUCUGGCAGCACACUGAAGUUUGUUUGUGAUUCCUCAGCUAUGUAUUAUAAACACCCAUGGACAUAUACAUACACUUGGAUGAAACUGUGCUGUAAUCUUGAAACCAGAUAGAUAUGCUACCUACGUACCUGUUAAUAUUCACUAGGUAAUUGCCUGUGCUAUACUGCCAUAUCAAAUUAUUGACUGUUUAAACCCAGUUUUGAUUUUAA